GCCUCCCCAGCCCCCUCCUUGUCCCAGGACCCAGAGUCAGAGCCUGAGCCCGACCGGCGGCACAACCACGAGGAGCAGUAUGUGAGCGAGGGCGAGUACAACCAGCCCGAGACACGUCCGGAGCCUCCCGACUGCAGGGACGCCGAAACCAUCACAGAUGUCUGUAACAGCACUGACCUGCCGGAGUUUGAGAUCAUCAGUCUUCUGGAGGAGCAGCUGCCGGUGUACCGCUUGCGGGCUGACACCGUCUACGGCUACGACCAUGACGACUGGCUCCACACGCCCCUCGUCGCUCCUGAGGCCAGGCUCGACCUGACCACCGAGCAGAUCGAAGAGACACUAAAAUACUUCUUGCUGUGUGCAGACAGAGUGGGCCAGAUGACGAAAACCUACAAUGACAUUGAUGCUGUCACACGUUUGUUGGAAGAGAAAGAGAGAGAUCUGGAGCUUGCUGCAAAGAUUGGCCAGUCGCUCCUUAAGAAGAACCGGACUCUCACAGAGCAGAAGGAGUAUUUGGAGGAACAAGUGGGACAAAUCACAGAGGAGGUUGCCCAGCUGCACCAUGAGCUGAACCUCAAGGAUGAGCUGCUGCAGUUUUACACCAAUGCAGCUGAAGAGAUCGAGGAUGAAUCCAGCAACUCCCCAACGGGUAAAAAAAGCAAAGUGGAAACUGCUUCAGGAGGCUUUGUGAGCGACACGCUCCAAAAGAAACUCAAAGAGCUGGAAGAGGAGAACCUGUCACUCCGCUCAGAGGCUAACCAUCUAAAGUCAGAGACCGAAACUUAUGAAGAAAAGGAGCAGCAGCUUGUGAACGACUGUGUCAAAGAGCUCAGGUUGUCCAGUCUUCAGAUUUCUGCCAUAGCGGAGGAACUGGCCCGUAAGACUGAAGACGCAUCACGACAGCAAGAAGAGAUCACACACCUCCUCUCUCAGAUAGUAGAUCUGCAAAAGAAAGCCAAAUCUUAUGCAGUGGAAAAUGAGGAGCUCUCUCAACACCUGCUGGCAGCUAAAGAUGCCCAAAGGCAGCUCACAGCAGAGCUCCAGGAGUUAGAAGAGAAGUACUCAGAGUGCAUUGAGAUGUUGCAUGAAGCUCAGGAGGAGCUGAAGAACCUGAGAAACAGAAACUACCCUGCAGGAACCCCACGCCGCUAUCACCCGCUGGGACUGUACCCGAUGGACUCUCUGGCAGCUGAGAUUGAGGGAACGAUGAGGAAGGAGCUGAGUCUUGAUGACCCAGAGUGUGAAGAACAGAAGGUCCAUCGGAAACGUGUAUUUGAGACGGUCAAAAAUGUUAACCAGACAGUUCGUCAGCGUUCUCUGACUCCAACCAACUCCAACAUCCCGGGUUCUAACCAGUCCCUGUCAGCUCGAACGUCACCCCAAUCGAGUGGUCUCUCCACACCCCACUCCAGCAUAUUUGGAGGUGACCUUAGUGGAGAAAGUGUAGUCCUUGAUAACCGAACGCAGAGCAUCCUAAUGGAGACGGCAUCCAAUCAGGACAGCACAGAGGGCCAGGAGAAGAAGGCAAGUGGGGCAGAGGACUUGCGGCUUGCUCUGCGUCGCCUGUCUUUGCGCCGACAAAACAAUUUAAGUGAAAGGCGCUUCUUUGAAGAGGAGCGAGAGCGACGGCGGGGAGGGCACCCUGGACUCCACGAUGCCCUCACCCAGGAGAGUCUCUUAACCCCAUCCGAAAGCAUCAUGUCCCUCGGAAACCUCCACCUCUGGGCCUCGCGAGGGCCCUACCUCCCCGACAAGCUUCAGAUCGUCAAACCACUCGAAGGAUCUGCCACUCUGCACCACUGGCAGCAGUUAGCCCAGCCUCACCUGGGUGUGAUCUUGGACGCCAGGCCAGGAGUUGUGCCAAAGGGCUACAGACCUCUAGAACUAGAGCUGGAGCAGGCGUACCCAUGGGGCGGCUUUGAGGAGGAUGAACCAGGAGAGCAAUACUUCCAAAAUCUUCCCACCUCUUCAGCUUCUGCCUCACCGGCAGUGGCCCCCACCUCCAGUACAAGUGACGCCAACCUCGUACAGCCUUCAGUCACCCUGGCCCCACCUUCUCCGCCCUCACCAUCACCACACCUCAGCAACACCGAUGCUCUGGCUGCAUACUACCCAGGUAAAUGCAUGGCUCACACCAGCUCCACUUACACCUUUACAACCUGUCGGAUCCUCCAUCCAACUGAUGAGCAGACGCGGGUUACGCCAAGUUUAAACCCAGUGCCUGCAUCGUCCUCCUGUGUGAUGACCAGCACUCUGCUGGGUACUCCUGCUGCUACUCCCUGCACGUCCCGCAGGCUCAGUCUCAGGCCCUCUGAAUCCUCAACUAACCUCAGAGAUGCUACACGCACCACCAGCACCUCCCUGGGGUUGGUACGUCUUCUCCAGGAGAGAGGAAUCUCAGCAGCUGUGUAUCACCAGAGCCAGGGCCUGGAGCAGGGUCAGGGCAGCGGAGGAGUCCUAUUAAGCACCUCCAUUGCCCCCAACCGAACACCUAAUCCCGAUCCUAUGCGACCCUCGACCCCUCCAAACUCUCCCACAAGACAGGGAGCUUCAGCUGUGCCAAGCUCCGCUGGGUUUGACUUCAAGAGUCCUUCUUAUGAGAACUUCCUGGCUUCCAAACCAGCCCGUUCCAUCCUGAAGGAGGUGACAGGGGGGAUGAGAGGCAGGCAGCGAGGCAGGGACUGUGAAAGCCAAACAGACGUUAGCGUGGCCGUCCACAAUCUGAACCUGGUAGACAAGGUGAAGCGUCUGGGUGUGGCUGGAGCCCCCGGAAGCAGAGCGAUGAGCCCUGGUCCCAUGCUAGGGCCUCUGGGUGGACUGCGUAGAUCUGGCUCCCCUUUUGGACCUGAUGGAAUGAGGAGGAACCGGAGUUAUCCAGGCAUGGUAGGAGCCAGCAUGGUCAUGAAAGCCCCAGGGCCCCAAGAGUAGUCUGGAUAGCUGCUGGCCAACAGGGUAGAUGAGUAGGAGCCCAGCAGGGCCAAGGACUGGCUGUUGAUCAGUCACCUGGAGCCCAUAAAAAUAUUUCCACUGUACAACAGCAACAUGGCACUACUGACCUAUUUCUAAUCACAGCUACAGUUUUACACAAACACUACACCUCUGUAGUGCUUUACAGUGGUGAUUCACGCUUGAACGAAGAGAAAAAUAAUAACUUAAAGGGUUAGUUCAUCCAAACUACACAGCAACAUCUUCUAUACUGUCUGUGCUGUACUUUUGCUUUUGUGUGCCCAGAUUUUGAGAUAUUGCUAAAAUGACCGGACAGAUUGGAGGCUCUUCUGUGUAAGUACUGAACAGUGACAUUUAAAGACUUUCAGUUAUUAAAUUAAAUUAAACGGUGAUGACGAAGCUUACAUUCUUUCUAGCUUUAACAAGUCUGAAUUAAAAUUUUUGCCAGAAUUCCUGCCGAACUGAAAACAAGUGCUCCCACGUCACCUGCAUUCAUCUUCAUUUUUAUAAAAAUUAGUGUUUUUCUUCGAGAAGCGAACUCUUUUUAAUUUAAUUAUGUAAAAAUUAAGGGGAAAAGGCUAAUGCAGUUUUGGCUUUUAGAAGCAUGACGUACCUGAACGGCAUAAUUAAAUGACUUUUUUCCCCCUAAGAGUGCUAAAUGUGAAUUUGAUUGGAUCUCACAGGACGGGUCUAGGAAGGAACACUUAGUCAGUUUUCUGAUAGACAGUGGGAAGGUGCUGAAUAAUACAUGCAGCUGCUUAUAUUUCGAACACCUGCGGUAGUUCUGGUUUUAAUGAUGAGACUAACUAAAAGUGAUGGAGAGGCUCACCUUCUCUCUAGCUGCAACAGGUCUGAGUUUAAAUUUUUGCCAGAAUUCCUGCAAAAUUAAAAACAAACACACCCACCUCAGCUUUAUUUUGACUUUAACUCUUAAGAUGGUAACUAGUUUCUUCCAUGUCCGUGAGCAACAAAUGCUUCUUAUUAAUCUAAAGUGGAAAACUGACAAUAUGUCUGCACCGAAAUAAAAACACAGUUACUUAAAGUUUUCUUAAUCGGAAGCUAAUAAUAUACAUAAAUAUUUUGUCAUUUUCUAAUGCCCACGGAUUGAUCAGGAAAGAAUUUAUAGCAUUUACAUGCCAUUAAGGGAGGAACCCUUAAUGGUAGCUGUUCCCACCCUGUGGAAUUGAUGCAAGCAGCAGAAAUGGGUCUCACUUAGAAAUAAGGGGAGGAGCUUAGUUAUUCAGGCCAGACUUGGAGGACUACUACUCCACAUCAAAAGGAGGCAGUUGAGGGGGUUCAGGCAUCUGAAUAGGAUCACCUGAUGACAAGUCCUACCCGGAGGAGGCAGAGGAUGUAUGGAUGGAUGCACAAGCACCCCCUAUGAAAUGCUUUUGAGCAUCUGGAAGUCUUUCCUUGUCAUUGUUAGCAUGUUGAGUUUUGCAUGUAAGUCAAAGCACUCUUUAUAGAGCUGCUGUAAUCUCUGCUCACUCUCUAAUAUUCAGAUAUCUAAAAUUCUGGACACACAAAGCCAGUUUUAUGUAACUUAAUUUUACAUAAUUGGGUGAACUGACCCGUUAAAACAGAAUACACUGAAAGCGAGCUACUGAAAUAUCACUCGGAUUCCUGCUUUGGAGACUGACUCUGCUGGCUAGAUGUAGUACUCCCACUCUUGCCUUUUCUGAAACACAUCCACAGAAUCCCACGCACAUCCAGACUCACACAGGUGCACUCUGCUAAAUCUUCCAUGCACUGGCUGGCUAUUUGUAGUCACUGUAGCACUGAAACAUGCCUUUCUACUUCAAUACUAGCAGAUGAAAAUUUCAUAAGUGGUUUUAAAAAAAAGUACACCGAAUUCAUAAAAUAUGUCAUCCUCUGUCUCUCUCUCCUUUCUUUUGAAGGGAUUAAGUGUGAGUCUGACAAGUCACUUUCACUAAAUCAUCAAAUAGAUUUCACGCCAGUGUUAAAGGUACUUCAGUUUCAUUUUCUAAAUGGCUGUUAGACAGUAAAGCUGAUGGUACUUCCACUGAACUGGAGAGAUCAAUACACUGAGGGAUUGCUUUAUCGUGGUUGGAAGCUUUCAGCUAUUUUUCCCUUAUUGUUUUAUGGUUGAAGAGAAUGAAGCAAUACAGUGCCUCAGCCUUGUGUUUUGUGAUUUUUCCCUUGUCAUGCAGGUCCAAAGGCGCUCACGCAACCAUAGUUUGCACUUGUGUUUAUUUAUUUUUAAAAAUCCUGAUUUUAAGAUAUCUUUUUUGUAAAAAAUAGCAUCGUCUUACAGACUGUAUAUAUAUACUGUUCACAGUCACUAUAAUGUCAUGUGUAGAUGAACCAUUAUUUGUAGUGCUUUAACCAAGAACCACACAUUGCUGUAAGUAUCUGGGUGAGCAUGUAAUCAGGGUUUUUCCAAAUAAAAAGUCAUCAAACAA